AUGAAUUUUGAACACUUAGUUGGGCUCAGGGGUGGUGAGGUCUUUCAUUAUCUCCUAUCCACUCUUGGUGUUGAUUAUGCUUUUGGCUACCCUGGUGGCGCUGCCCUCCCUUUGUUUGAUGGAAUAUACAAUACGGACAAGUUCCACUUUAUACUCACUCAUCAUGAGCAAGGUGCUGGCCAUAUGGCAGAAGGAUAUGCCCAAGCAACCCGCAAGCCCGGAGUGGUGCUUGUAACGUCCGGUCCAGGCACGUCCAAUCUAGCAACUCCCAUGCUAAACGCGCUGUUAGAUGGGAAUCCAAUGGUAGUUAUCUGUGGCCAAGUUCCGACCACUGCGCAAGGCACGAAUGCCUUUCAGGAAAUAGAUGUUAAGGCCUUUGCUAAGCCAUGCACGAAGUGGCUUACUGUUGUGAACUCAAUCGAGGAGCUGCCCUUGUCGCUAGAAUAUGCCUUUAAGCAAGCUAUGUGCGGUCGACAAGGACCAGUACUGGUAGCUGUCCCUAAAGAUGUCAGCUCGGCGAUUUUCAGCCGCAAAGCAUAUGAAAAAGCUUUAGGACUCGCACCGCAAUACCCUGGUAUUCUUGGCACCCACACUAUAGAAGACCUAGUAUCUGCCGAAACCAUACAAAGUAUUCGCUGGUCAGCGCAGUUGAUCGAUCGUGCAGAACAGCCAGUGAUUAUUGCUGGCCAUGGUGUUCUCAGCAGUCAUGAUGGGCCAGCACUGCUUGCCCAACUGUCAGCAAAAGCCCAUCUCCCUGUUGCUACCACGCUUCUCGGUUUGGGAAGUUUCGAUGAAAGCCGACCCGAGGCCGUCCAUAUGAUAGGAACAUAUGGAGCAGUAUACGCAAACUAUACUGUGCAAAAUGCUGAUUUAAUUCUGGUAUUGGGCGCUAGGCUUGACGAACGUGCGGUUGCUGAUCCAGCAAGUUUCACACCAAAGGCUCGAGCUGCAGAGGAAAGCAACUGCGGCGGAAUUAUUCAAUUUAACAUUGAGCCCAGAAAUGUGAACAAGGUUGUUAAGGUUACCGGUGCGGUGUAUGGGGAUUUAACAGAUAUCCUACCUUUUCUAAUAUCAGAAAUCCGACAGCAAGGCCCUCGGAACCUCUGGUUAAAACAAAUCCAAACAUGGAAAGAGAACAAUCCGUUCCCGUUGCUCGUAAAUGAGCACGCCGACAAUCAUCAAACACGAAUCUUGCCUCACGAUAUUGUGAAUGAGCUUAAUCGGCAGAUCCGGAUGCUUCCUACUAAGGCGAUCAUUACUACCGGGGUGGGCCAACACCAAAUGUGGGCUGCGCGCUGCUAUCAGUGGCGGUACCCGCGGACAUUCAUUACUUCAGGUAGCAUGGGCACGAUGGGGUUUGGACUGCCCGCUGCCAUUGGCGCUCAACUCGGCUGCCCAGGCUUGUUAGUUGUUGAUCUGGAUGGAGAUUGUUCUUUCAACAUGACAAUGGAGGAGCUCCUGACGGCUUCACAACACGGGAUACCAGUCAAAAUCCUUAUAUUCGAUAACCAUGAGCAGAGAAUGAUCACCCAGUUCCAGCAAACCUACUACAACGGUCGUUGUGCACAUGCAUAUCCUCAGAAUGCUGACUUUGCUCUUCUAGCGAAAAGCAUGGGUUGCUUGGGACGUCGAUGCAAGUAUCCAGAAGAUCUGAAGGAUAGCAUACAAUGGUUGCUAGAAGCUGUUGGGCCGGCUGUUCUGGAUGUUGAGCUCGAGAGCGAGCCUCCUAUGCUUCCUAUCGUACGAAUAGGGGCAUCUUUGGAUACCUUUUUGACAGACGGAGAUUGA